AUGAGGGUUGACUUUGCGUGUCUCCAGCAAACACAUGCCUCAUCGCACAAGUCCAUAAGAAAGUGGUUCUGUAAUACGGGUUAUAAGGUGGUAUCCUCGUCGGUGUCAAAUAAAUCUUGUGGCACGGCCAUUCUUGUAAGGGAUACACAUAAGGUCAAUAAGGUCAUUAGGGAUGAGGAGGGCCGUUUUGUGCAAGUGCAUUUGGCGGCUGACGAACACUUGCUUUCUUUCGUCUCUCUGUACGCCCCGAAUAAGAACCCGGAGCAUAAUCGGUUCUUUUCCUCAAUCCCAGAACUUAUUGACUUGAGUCGCCCCACAUUCAUUUGUUGGGAUUUUAACAGUGUCUUGGACUGUGCAUUGGAUCGGAAGCGUUGGUCAACUUACACUGGGAGCCAGACGGCUCAAUAUCAGGAAAGCGGGCCGGCAUUACAAUCUUUGCUUUCGGCUACCCAAACCUAUCCGUUGUGGCGAACAUUACAUCCAGGUCAGACGGCCUACUCCUGGACCCAUGGGUCUGGGCAGUUUGCUUCACGGAUAGAUAUGGUUUGGGCCCCCACUGUUUUCCAAGACAACAUCAAGGAGUGUGAAUACCAUCCCUCCUUUUUAGGUCACCACUCUUAUUUGCUGGUCAAAUUUGAGUUGAAACAGAACUUCAGGGGUCCAGGGGUGUGGAAAUUCAACAGCUCCCUCUUGGAUGACCCCGAGUAUUGUGACCUCGUCGCGUUCUGGCAAAGUAUGGAGGGUUCUGAUGAGUACUCUUCCUUGCUGGAUUGGUGGGACCAAGGCAAGUACUAUCUGAGAGAGGUCACUCGUACAUUUUCCAAGGCUAAGGCCGAGGAUGGACGUAGUCGAAAGUCUUCCCUAACACGACAAAUGCAUAAGUUGCAACGCCUCUUCGAGGCCGGUGAUUCAUCUGCUUUUGCGCAGCUUUGUGAGGUGCAGGAAGACCUACGUACAAUAGCGUUGCACGAAGCCCAAGGGGCACAAACGAGAGCUAGGUGCCAAUGGGCGGAGGAGGGGGAGUCCUCCUCGUCCUAUUUCUUUGGGCUAGAAGCCAAGCAUCAGGCACGCCAGAAGGUGUCGGCUAUUCGCGACCCCGUAUCGGGUCAGGUGUGUCAUGACCCUAUUGACAUUUUGGGCAUAUGGCAGCGCUAUUAUGCCUCCCUUUUUACUGCUCAGCAGUGUGACGCAGUCGCACAAGAUGAAAUGUUGACAAAGGUCACACGCAAGCUUUCCCAGGGGGAACGUGAUGCUUGUGAAGGCCUUUUGACUGAGCAGGAGUCUUUUUCCGCCUUGUCAGGCAUGCCGCAUGGUAAAAGUCCGGGGUCGGACGGCUUUCCGAUGGAGUUCUACCUGCGCUUUUGGCAAUCCUUCGGCACUGAUCUGGUCCGUGUUCUCAACGUUGCUUACGAGACUGGCCAGCUUUCCACCUCUCAGCACCGGGGAUUGAUUAUUAUACUAUAUAAAAAGAACGACCGUUUAGAGACGAAAAACUGCAGGCCGAUAAGCCUCCUAAACGUAGAUUACGAGAUUGCCACAAGGGCAAUCUCAGGUCGUCUUCUUGCUGUGAUAGGUACGGUGGUGGGCACCGAUCAAACGUGUGGUGUGCCUGGUCGUACAAUCUCAGAAAACCUCUCUUUCAUUCGCGAUCUGAUCGAGUAUGUCGAGCGUGAAGAUCUGCCUGUGGCCCUUCUCUCUUUAGAUCAAGAGAAGGCUUUCGACCGAGUGGAUUGGGGUUUUCUGUUAUGCAUUUUAGAUCGUUUUAAUUUUGGUCCUAGCUUCUGUAACUGGAUCAAACUUUUUCACACGGAUGUAGAGUCAGCAGUGGUAAUUAAUGGCUGGACCUCUACAUUUUUUAAACCAUCUCGUGGUGUGUGUCAAGGCUGUCCUCUUUCUCCUCUCCUCUAUGUGCUCUGCAUUGAAAUUCUAGCAGUCAACAUCCGUACGUCACCUCGUGUUACCGGUGUGUAUCUCCCCGAUUCCAUCGAGCAGUACAAAUGCUCUGGAUAUGCGGAUGAUACAACGAUAGCAGUGACGACGGACGAGUCGAUCAAGGAGGUGUUUAACAUCUAUGACACCUUUGAGGAAGCAUCUGGUGCAAAGUUAAAUAGGGGCAAGUCAAAAGGCAUGUGGCUUGGCGCUUGGAAGAGUCUAACCGAUACACCUUUUGGGUUAUCGUGGGUAAAAGUACUUCCUCCUCUUGGUGCUAGCUUUAGUGUGGGAGAUUACAGCAUCCCCACUUGGGAAAAGCCUGUUGCCAAACUUGAAUCCCGCUUGUCCGCCUGGUCUGGUCGUUCGCUCUCCUUACAGGGCAAGACGACCAUUAUUAAUAGUUUGGCGCUCUCGCAGAUAUGGCACUUGUGCCACGUAUUUGCAAUCCCAGCGUGGGCGUCCAAACGUAUCAAAAAAGCUCUUUGGUCCUUUUUUUUUUUUUUUUUUUUUUUUUUUUUUUUUUUUUUUCCCAUUUAA